ACGGGAAUAGAUCAAAGACGGGCAAGCCGGUUUUUCGGCCAUACGGGGCUGCCAUGAAAUAUAUGCUCAAAAUGGCUGAAGACUCAGUCCGUGGAGAGAAGCCUUGGGAGGUGGCAUUAAUGGAAAUGGUGUCCAAGCCGCCUCCCUGUGUGAACGUGGUGGAGCUGUUGGAACGGAUCGACGUGUGCACUUCUUUCGUCUUGGUGCUGGAGCGAUCCGUCCCCUGCAUGGACCUCCGGAAAUUCUGUGAAAGUAAGAAAGAUGGUCGGUUGUCUGAACGUCUGAGUCGAGAUAUAAUGUUGCAGGUGUUUCGAGCUGCUCAUCACUGCUUUAAACGGGGAGUUGUUCACGGUGACAUCCGAGCCGAUAAUGUUCUCGUAAAUACGGACACGCUGGAGGUGAAGUUGAUCGACUUUGGCUGUGGAGAGUUUCUGUUAGAAAACUACAUUUGCACAAGCUAUUCAGGUCGGUUCAGAGGAGAUAUGGGAUAUAAUCAGUGCAGUGGAGAAUUUUUAUUUUGUUAUGGUUGCUGCUCUCUCUCUUUUUUCAAUCAAUCAAACACCUGCUUUCUGUUUAGGACUUUCUACUUACUUCUGGAGUUUGGCUGUACUCUUGGUUGA